UUUCGUUUCCUAUAAGAAUAUGAUGUCUUCAUUUUCCCAAUUAAUUUUCCCGAUUUAUUUUCUCCUUUUGGUUGUUCAUUUUCGCCAUUCUUAAAGAUUCUGUAAUCCCUCAUCAAUGGCGGAGGUUUCUUUCCUCCCUUUCCCUGAUGAAGACCAUGAUUUUUUUAUUGAAAAAGAUUUACACUGCGAUGAAAUUUCCACUCUCGAUUCCUAUUCCACACCCUAUUGCUAUUCUCUCUCUCGAUCCCUCGAUAUCGACGCAGAUGAAAUCUUUUCGUCAAAUUCAUCAACUAAUGGAUCUAAUUUCACUGACGACGUCGUUGUUGAUCGAAUUAAUCAGGUAAAUUUUGUUAUGAAUUUGCUUCAUCAACGCGUUGAACAAUCUCAUGUUGUUAAUGUGGAUAAUGAUUUUUUUUCGGAUGAUAUUACUGAUUUGAAUUUCGCAAUGAUUGAAGAGAAUUAUAAUGUGGGUGCUAACGGUUUGGACGUUGAUUUAAAUUUAGGGUUAGGGUUAGGGUUAGAAGAGAAUGAUAUUGACGAUUGUAAUUGUGGUGGCGUUGUUUUUUCUGAUUGUGGGGAUGAGUUUUACGUGUCUAGGAGAGAAACUGGCAGUAGAAACGGUAAUCCCAUUCCAAUUACCACUAGUAAUUCUUCUAGGUUCGGUGGGUUGAUGUGGGUUGAUGUCGAUUCAGAUUCAGAUGAGGACAACGAUGAGGCAAAUCAGUUUUUCGGACUUCAUUUGAAUUCAGAGGAGGAUGAAGAUUAUGGGAUUGAUAAUAUCAAUGAUGAUGACUUGAGUAUCCCAUUACAUUGGGAUUCCUUCCAAUUGGAUGAGGAUGAUCAUCAUGGUGGAGUCAAUAACGAUUUUGAGUGGGAGGAGGUGUAUGAUGGAGUUGAUGAAAGGGAGGUUUUGAGUAUUGUGGCUGAUCCUCAUGAUCAUGAUUCUAUUUCAAUUUUACCCAUUUCGGGGCCGGAGGAAGAUGAAAUUGGAGAAAGAGGGAGAGUAUUGGGGAAUUUGGAAUGGGAGGUGUUGUUAAACAGUAAUGGUUUUAUAAGAAAUCAUGAGACUAUGGAUUAUGACAAUGAUUUAGUUGAUUUCUUUGGUGAUCAUGAUGAUAUCCUUAAUGCGGCCGAGCAUGAGUUGAUGUUUGGACAGUUUGGAGAGAGUGAAAACACACACGUUGGUCGCCCCCCUGCUUCGAAAUAUGUUGUUGAGAACCUCCCCUCGGUGGUGACAACGAAAGAGGAUGUAGUCGACGAGAAAGCACUUUGUGCUGUUUGUAAAGAUCAGAUUGAAGUUGGAGAGGUUGGAAGGCAAUUGCCUUGUUCACAUCGGUAUCAUGGCGAUUGCAUCGUCCCUUGGCUUCGAAUAAGGAACACCUGUCCUGUAUGUCGGUAUGAAUUGCCUACCGAUGACCCUGAAUACGAGCAACGGAAGGUCCAGAGUGCAGCCCGUAGCGUGUGAUUCGCCAGAUGAGCAUUCAACACAGUUUUUGAGCACUCUUUCUCUGUGAUUACCUUAAACUUAUUCUAAUUUGUUUAAGUGUGUUUAAGAGUUUUUGGCAUUAGAUUUUAGUGUCUUGAUUUUGUAUGUUACUUGCAGGUACUCAUAUACUUAAUUUUAUUUGCACCCUUUUUCCUUUUUAGUUAGGAAAUGCUAAAUUAUGCUGCCAUAAGUUUAUUAAGAAUUAGCAUUGGAACUGUGAUGUACCACUUAUUUGAUGUUAGAGGAGUUAUUGGAAACAUGUAAAUAGCUAUGUAGUAGCCAUUGAUUUUUCGUUAUUGCUUAAACAGAACAUGAUUAUAGAAGACGGAGAAGGUUGGUAUGAAUUUGUUGUUGGGAUUAAAUGAUAAAUUCCAUUGCAUAUUUUGAUAAUAAA